UUUGGCGGCGACAUGGACAACGCUGGGAAAGAGCGAGAAGCGGUCCAGCUUAUGGCGGAGGCCGAGAAGCGUGUGAAGGCUUCCCACUCCUUCCUCCGAGGGUUGUUCGGAGGAAACACGAGAAUAGAAGAGGCCUGUGAAAUGUAUACCAGAGCUGCAAAUAUGUUCAAGAUGGCCAAGAACUGGAGUGCUGCAGGAAAUGCAUUUUGUCAAGCCGCCAAACUCCACAUGCAGCUUCAGAGCAAACACGACUCGGCUACCAGCUUUGUGGAUGCUGGGAAUGCUUACAAGAAGGCGGACCCUCAAGAGGCUAUCAACUGCUUAAACGCAGCCAUCGACAUUUACACAGACAUGGGAAGGUUUACAAUCGCAGCCAAGCAUCACAUCACCAUUGCUGAGAUCUAUGAGACUGAGCUUGUGGACAUUGAGAAGGCUAUUGCACAUUAUGAACAAUCUGCUGAUUAUUACAAAGGAGAGGAAUCUAACAGCUCUGCUAACAAGUGUCUGCUGAAGGUGGCAGCCUACGCUGCACAGCUGGAGCAGUACCAGAAAGCCAUCGAGAUCUACGAGCAGGUAGGAACAAACACUAUGGAUAACCCCUUGCUGAAGUACAGUGCGAAGGAUUACUUCUUCAAGGCAGCGCUCUGUCACUUUAUAGUGGAUGAGCUGAAUGCCAAGCUUGCUCUUGAAAAAUAUGAGGAAAUGUUUCCAGCAUUUACUGACUCCAGAGAAUGCAAAUUAUUGAAAAAACUUCUAGAAGCUCAUGAAGAACAGAACAGUGAAGCUUACACUGAAGCAGUGAAGGAGUUUGACUCAAUAUCCCGCUUGGAUCAGUGGCUGACCACCAUGUUGCUUCGUAUCAAGAAGUCUAUCCAAGGGGAUGGAGAAGGAGAUGGAGACCUCAAGUGAAGCGUUGACAUCUUUGUGGCAUGCAGCUCGUUCUUUUUAGUUUUGUCCUCGGGCAAGACUGUCUUUCUGGGAUGCCCAUUUACUGACUUAGUUUUGUUGUAAAUAAGCCACACAGUUUAUGUAUUGUUUUAGCUCGCCAUGUCUGUGCCACUGUGAGAAUGGGAGGCAUCUAUUCAGUUUGUGGUUAUGACAACCAAAGCAUAUCAUGCUUAUCCGAGUCCUCAGCUUUCUGAGAAGUACUGCCGAAUCCUAGUCCUAUUCUUUUGACGUUUUCAAGGCCUGUGUUUAAUGUUGCCACAUGUUUUGUGUUUUCUUUUUUCUCGAACU